UAUUUAUAUGAAACACCACAUCUUAUUGAUCAUUUAAUAAAUACGAAGUCAAUCCACACCGCUACAACCUUCUGAUAACUGGACAACCCCCUCAACCUCCUGAGCUACUGCUGCUACCUGGACUAAAACAUCUGCCAGCUCCUGGACUGUCUGUGGUGCAACGUGGUGUUGGUGGAUGGAGCGAGACAUGAUGUCCUAGAUGUGUUCAACUGGACUCGGGUCUGGGAAACGGGCGGAGCAGUCUAUAGCAUCAAUGCCUUGCUCUUGCAGAAACUGCUGACACACUUUAGCCAUGGGGUCCAACAUUGUCUCACAUUAGGAGGAACCCAGGGCCAACCGCAUCAGCAUGUGGUCUCACGGCAGUCUGACCACCUCUGGUGAGCACAACUCAGGUGUGUUCCCCCGUUUUCUUAUUUUAAUGCAUUUUUAAAGUAUUGGAUAUCGGCAGCCACUCAUAAUUAAGUGACAUGAACAGAAAAUGUGUUGGUAUCUAUGAACAUUUUGAUAAAAUAUUAAAUAAAUGUUCCGACCUUGAUGCCACGAGGGCCAGGAUAGCCGAUGGCUCCUUGAGGACCGUUGGGACCCUGGAGAUGAUCAGGAAGAUGAGUUAGAAGCAUAAGACAACUAAAACCACAAAGAUCUACUCUAAUUAUUCUAAAUACACACAGAAAAAAGUUUAGGAUGAAACAGAUUAGGUGGUUUAAAUCGACACCUACCUGGUUUCCUUUAGUGCCUGACGGACCCUCCUUUCCUGGGUGACCCUGAGAACAGAAAAUGGGGCUUGAGUCUCUGGACAAAUAAAAAUACAUAAAAUCAUAUUUAAUAUUUUAAAAGGGAAACUUACAGGAGGGCCGUCCGCUCCAGGCAUUCCUGGUAAACCCGGUUUUCCAGUGGGACCCUAGAAAGAAGCACAAAGUGGUCAUGAGCUUAAUCCGAGUACCGUAUUUUCCGGACUAUAAGCCGCUACUUUUUCCCCACGCUUUGAACCCUGUGGCUUAUAAUGAGGUGCGGCUUUACUGAAGAUUUUCCUUCACCUGCCACUAGGGGGCGCUUUAACAGGAAGUGAAACAGGUGGAAGUCAAAAGUGGAAAUCGAGGAAAGUGCUCAUUUUAAUUUAGCACAUGCAAGCAGCCGGCACCACGAAGAAUUUUUUUCACAUCCAUACCCCCUCAUCAUGGUAACUACACGUAUGAGUUCAUAUGAUGCUGCAUUUAAGCUGAAGGCCAUCAAUCUGGCAGUAAAGGAGGGAAACAGUGCUUGUAACUGCAGUUGCUGUUUAUUUCUUCAUUUAUUUAUUUUCCCAUUUGUAAGACACUGGGUUAGUUGUGUUUCCUGUAAUUUUAUUUUGAAAAGCGACAUGAGCUGCUCUGCCAGCCACACCCUUGAUUUGAUGGAUACAAGCCAGGUGUGAGGAACACAGAACCUGGAUGAAGUGCUAACAAGCAGACAGCUAAUGGACUGCUAAAGAACUAACUAGUAAAAGGACUUAAAGGAAACUAGUAAAAGGACUUAAAGGAAGAUGGAUUCCCUUUGUGUUUUAAGCAAACAGCCAACGAGUUUCACGGUUUAAGAGAGGUCUAAAGAAAGGAGGACAGAAGAGGUCCACAAUGAAAAGACGUCCAAUAAACCCGUAAAAGAAAUCACUUGCGUCUGUGUUGCUUGGAGGGAAUCAUAGUGAAACUCGUCUGUUGUCAGCAAACGCCAGUGAAGUAACAAGGACCAGAUGAUCUUCAUCUCUUGGACAACAGUGCAUGGACUGGCAGAUAAGUGGCCUAUUCACACAUAAUUGAAGAAGACAAUAAAGACUUUUGGUGGAAGACUCUUUUGCAACAAGAAACUUGGUUGAUGAAAAGAUUGCUGAUCCAAAUUGAUGUUACCAGUGAUUUGUUUGAGUACAUAUUGAACUGAAACUUGCUUUAUUGUUGCAUGUUAUCCAAAGGUCAAAGGAAAUGUAAUUUGUUGCAUAUUUAAUACUUGAAAGGUCAAGGUGUUUCAGUAGAGUGUAACAAUUGAGUUUGAAAUUCUAUGCAAGUUUAUUUCAUUCUUAAAAUCAACAUUUCCUAGCUAGAUAAUUGUUCAGCCAUGUCAGAAAGAAAUGAGCCUGCAGAUGAGGAUGAAGAUAGUGCAGAGCCACUGCGAGAGGAAGAGCAGCUGCUCAGACGUGGGGCACGCCAACGUACUCUAACAGAGAAGGGCAAGGCACUACAAGAAGAGAAAAUUAAAGCUCUUACACAAAGAUUUAACUACAUUUACAAAAAAUGGAAAGCACAUGUUAAAUUCUUUAAACAUUCGUCAAAACAGUCCUCAGAGCCUUUAUCAGAGGGUCUACUUAAUGAUAUCUUGGGGGAGGUUAAAGGGCUUUGUGCCGACAUCCAGCGUGUUUAUGAAGAUCUGCGCAAACUCUCAACUCCAGAUCAAGAAACACGGAGAAGAGUAGAUUUGUGUGUGGAGAUUUCAAACUUCAUCCUUUCUAAAGCUUCACGUCACCUGGAAGGACAAGCGCAGGAAGAGGAGCAGGUUUGGCCAGAAGCUGGCUCCUUUUGGAGCACAAGUAAAAGUGAAACAGAAUCCAUCACCUCCGUCAUGAAGAGCGCCACCUCUGAGCAUUCAAAAACUUCUUCAGUAAAGAGGCAAGAAGCAGCUGCGGACGCUGCAGCAAGCCAAGCUGUUCUAAAAGUGUUAAAGGAACAAGAAAGAGAACAGUUGGAAUUACAUCGCCUGGAAGCAGAAGCCAAGAAGAGGAUAGCAGCUCAAGAGGCAGCAGCUAAACAGCGGCGCUUAGAGCAAGAGGAAGAAGAGGUGAGGAGGAGAAAAAAGAAAGAAGAGGAAGAAGCUACAAUGACAGCUAAAGUAGAAGAAGAACACACAGCUCUACAAAUGGCUCUAGAAGAGAAACGAAGGAGAAUCAACCAUCUAGAAACCAUGAAAGAGCUCAGCGCUGCACAGGCAAGAAUGCAGGUAUACGAUCAAGGAUCUGACAUUAAGAAAGGGGUCAAGCGACCUAUAAGCCAUAAGAUGGCAGUACAUGUUAAGCCAUCAAGUCAAACAAGCUGUCAACAAUCAUCUAUACCCCUUGUUCCACAACAACCUCUGAGUUCUUCCUCAAACCAAGACACUGCAGGUUUAGUUAAGCUACUUGCAGAUGCUUUAAAUGCAAACAGAAUUCCACUACCCGAACCUUCAAUAUUCAGCGGGGAUCCGUUGAAAUACAGUGAUUGGAAGCUGUCGUUCCAAACCUUGAUUGAUCAAAAGAAUAUUCAGAAUAAAGAAAAGAUAUACUACCUUCGUAAAUAUGUUGGUGGACAAGUUAAAAACGCACUAGAUGGUUAUUUCCUGCUUGGAACCGAGUCUGCCUAUGUUUCAGCGUGGGAGAUCCUGGAGGAGAGAUAUGGAAACCCAUUUACAGUUGCAACAGCAUAUAGGGAUAAACUUCAAGCAUGGGCCAAGAUUGGACCUAAAGACAGCACCGAUCUAAGAGAGUUUGCUGAUUUUCUACGGAGCUGCGAAACCGCCAUGGCUCAUAUCAAGGCACUGGAGAUCCUAAAUGACUGCAGUGAAAACAGAAAGAUUCUGGCAAAGUUACCUGAUUGGUUAACUGCAAGAUGGAACCGAAAAGUGAUGGAAAUGGAAGAGGAGAAUGGCCAAUUCCCUUCUUUCAGUCAGUUUGUAAGAUUUCUGACCAGAGAAUCAAAAAUUGCCUGUAAUCCAAUAACAUCAUUGCAAUCAUUAAAGCUAAGUGAUAAAUCCAAACAACAAAAUGUCAAAGUCAAAACAUUAGUCACACGUUCUAAUGAAGAAACUAUCAACAUAUGUGUUUUUUGUAAGAAGCAUGGACAUACUUUGCACACAUGCAGAAAGUUUAUGCAAGAUGAAGUCUCAGACAGAGUUAAAUUUGUCAAGGCUGAAAAGUUGUGUUUUGGAUGCCUCAACUCAGGUCAUUUCUCAAAGAGCUGCAACUGUAGGAGUGUUUGUAAUAUAUGCAAUAAGCAACAUCCUACUUGUCUGCAUGAAGAGCGAGACAAAAGAGAACAAAGGGCAGCACAAGUUAAGCAAAGUCAAGUUCAUGAAACUUUUACUCAAGGAAAUAAUAAAGUCAACCCACAAACAAGGCUAGCAAGAGACAUUGUCACAGCUUCUACCUUCAAGGUCAAUCAAAUUGAAGCUACUUUCCAAACAGCUGCAAUAAUUCCAGUUUGGCUUUCCUAUGCUUCACAGCCAGUUCCGGAAGUGCUUGUUUAUGCACUACUAGAUUCUCAAAGUGACACAACAUUUGUGCUAAGCGAUGCAGCUGACUCUUUGGAGGCACCCAAGGAACAAGUGAAGUUGAAGCUUUCUACAAUGACAUCACAAACUACUACAGUAAGGUCUCAACGAGUAAAUAAUUUACGAGUUCGGGGUUUCUACUCAAAUAAAAUAAUCAAUUUACCACCAGCAUACACACGCGAUUUUAUUCCUGCCAACAGAGCUCACAUACCAACUGACAAAACUGCAGAGGCUUGGUCCCACCUAGAGCACCUGAAGUAUGACAUAGCACCCCUACAGGACUGUGAGGUAGGCCUGCUUAUUGGCUACAACUGCUCACAAGCCUUUCUACCAAGGGAAGUUGUGUCUGGUCAAGACAAUGAGCCCUUUGCUCAACGCACAGAUCUUGGAUGGAGCAUUGUUGGUCAUAGCAAUCCCUGUGUCAAGUAUGGAGAUGCAAUAGGAGUUAGUCAUCGUAUAGUUGUCCGUCAAGUGAAACCAAAGGUUGACUCUGCUCUCAAUCUAAAGGGUGAAGUUCACUAUGUGAACAGAUCAAAGGUUAAAGAAAGGAAAUCCAACUUGUUCUCAGGACCAACAUGUCUCUGGCAAAAUGAACUACCUGCUUCUAAAUACAAGAUAGAAGUACAAGAUGAUGAUCCUGAACUCCGCAGGGCUUCAGUGUUUAACACAAAGGCAAAGGAGAGCAGAUCACAUUUAGAGCGCUUUGAGAAGUUCUCUGACUGGUCAAGAUUAGUGAAAGCUGUUGCCAGAUUGAAGAGACGAGUCGCGGAACACAAAAGGUUGAAACAAAGAACCAAUGAGGGAACAAGCUUGGAGGAAAGAAAAGACGCAGAAAUUGCUAUUGUCAAGCAGGUUCAAAGGGAAGCAUUUCCAGAUGAGAUACAAAGCUUAAAGGCAAAGGAAGGUGUGGUUAAAACCAAGUACAGCAAGCUGAAAGG